AUGCCACCUUGGGGUUUAUUUAGUUCGAAAAAAGAUAAUGCAAGCGACGGUUCGAUCUCGCCGACACCGAAUUCGAAAAGAGAAAAACGCAAGGAAAAGCAAUCCGCCUCAGGCCAUGGAAUGGGAAACCUUCGGGAAUACACAAGUCAUGAUGAUCCACGGAUGUAUCACCUUCGCAACGGCGUAGACCCAAGAUCAAAUGGCCGUUUCAUAGAUAUGCACGGCAUGGGCUUUAGCUCCCGUGAAGAACCAGAGUUCAUUCGCUCGCGCCUUAUGGGCCAAUUUCAGUCUUCCCUAAACACGGCGGUCACCGAUAGUAUCCGUAAAGCCUGCAUCCACUGGGAUGAUGAGGUUCUCCAUCUGGAGAAUAGUUACCAGAGUGUUCUCGAAGAGCGCAAUGGACUUAAGACCGAGAAUAAAAACCUAGCAAACAGAGUGAAACUUCUGGAAGCAGAAGUCAAUAAUAAAGUUGCACUGCUAAGAGAGUUCCAGUCCGGUCACCUCAAAACUGCGGGUAGCAGGAAACUAGCGCCCUCGAGUACUGCCAUUUCCACUGAAUAUGAAGGAUUGGAGCGUAGGAUCAAAGACACCGUAUUUGCUCGUUUAGCCCGAUUAAAUAUCAAAGAUCCCUAUAUCGAGGCCCUGCUGCAUCAUCAGCCUUUCCUGGAAGCUGUGAAAGGCAUUAUGGUUGAUGUAACUGAGGCUCAAGAUGCUGAGAAUGUACCCCUUAAUCUCUUGGAGGUUGUAGAGGAGAGUGAAAUGAAGGGAUUGUUGAUGUGGAUGAUUCAGGGGGUUGUUCACGAUAUUCUGCAUAAAAAGAUCAUGAAGAUCCAUAUGCCCGGAUUAAACAUUGAAGAGUUGCAAGUCAUGGAGAAGAUCUUUAACAUUAUUGCCUUAAGCGAGGAUGGCCAGGGAAUGAGAUCCGCGCAAGAAUGGAGAGCGGAUACCUACAGAAGGCUCGCAUACUGGGCGGAAAAUGUUGAAGAACUGGGCAAGUACAUCGAAGCCGCACCAGCGAUUAGCGAGAUGAGUCAAAUCUUUGGCGACCUUAUUGACGGCACAGAAAAGGAGAUAACAAGAAUUCUUGAGCCACUCUGUGAUGAGAGCCCAGAAGGCAAGAACUUUUGUCGUCUUGUCGUGGAUAUCGUUGAUCGAGCUUUCCAAUUUAGCAUCUUGAUCGGGUCUCAGACAGCAAGAUACGAAUUACAUCGAGAUCUUGAUCACACGGAUGACUUCAAAGCUGUCCCAGAUCAUCUUGAUGAAAGCGCGAGUGCUGCUAAUAACUCGAACGUAUCGCUAUUCUACGGUGUCCCAGCAUUAGUCAAAACUUCAAGCGAGGAUGGAGAGGCCUAUGACGUAUCGGAAUUGUUAGUUCACGGAAAGAUAUAUGUUCUCUUCGGCUUCGGAGAUCCAAUUGAAGAAGAACAACAACAAGUUGCGCCGCCAGAAGUUCCGGAGAAAAUUCCGAUCCAAAUGGCCUCCCCGGUUAAUGGCGGGGACGUAGGUAGCCAUGAUAUUGAAGCUAUAGCCAAAGCCAGAACUUCGCAAAGGACUGUAGCUGAAACACCAGAUGAGAACCAAGCCGAACUGAAGAAUAUUGCUACCGAUUCAAGUACGAAGCCACCAGGUGCAGACACUUUGCCAAGUGAAUCCAAUCCAAGAACUGAUCGUAAUAUCGACUUGCAAAGACAUAACAGAGUCGAACGACCAAUCGCCGAAGAACGAGCCCAACGGCGCCAUCGUCACGACGACCUCCAACAGCAGCGAGAACGAGCUGUCCAAGGAGACCCUAAAUACGCCGAACAGCCCAUCGGUGCCGGGAGCCGAAGACAUCCUGCACCAAGAAACAUCCACGAAGACGGACCAAGUGAUAACAGACCCAAGAAACCUAGAGCCCCAACCUCAAGCAACCCAGAAGACCCCGACAGAACUCUUGGAAAGCUCGCCCAGCAACGAUCACCAAUCGCCCGAAAGGAAGUUCCAGAAUCUAGGAGCCCACCUGACAGAAAUUCCAGUCUCCCCAAGCCUUCCCAAGCCACCGUCGAUCCCAGAACAAACCGCCCUCCUCCCACAGGAGGUCCCGGUAGUCACCCCAGAACUUCAAUGUCCGGACCCGGUUCUAGUCAAAGCCGAAGCCGUCCCUCCCCAAGUACAAGUGGAGAAUUCAACCCUUCCAGCAUCGCAUACAGCGUCGGAAGCAACCGAGGUGGAGGUGACCCCCCAUCCCCAAGUACUAGUCGAAAUUCAGCGGGAACCCUCACCCGAAAGUUCGACGUCGUCAAUACCUCAGAAACAGGAUCUCGUUUUGCAGAAAGAGCCAGAGCAACAGCUGCAGAACGAGCCAGAGCAACAGCCCAGCUCUCACCUUACGAACAACAACAGCGAGACCUCACUAGUGCAGUCCACGCCGCGCACCUUGCCACCCGAACUAAUCAACUUGAACAGCAGUUCCGACAGCAGCAAGGCCCCAGUGGCAGCAACGACCCAAAAGCAAGAGGUGGUCGGCAUUGA